AAAGAACAAGACAUUUGUUAGUAUUUUCCAAAAAUGAAUUUACGUAAAUUGUAAAAGAAAAUGGUGGCACACUUUUAUUCAUGGAAUAAGAAUCUCUACGCCAUUGUAGGGGACCCAUGUUGGUGAGUCAGUUUGAUUUUGUCAAGAACAAUACAAGAAUCGUGCAAUUGUAAGCAAGCAACCAACCAACCAGGAUUGGGAAGUGGAUUUUAAAGGUCUUGCCUUUGGGUUCUUCUUUUGCUUUUUUGGCUUAAAUCUAGAGAUGGGUGUUCGUUAUUAGUUGUGAAGAAUCUAAAAGUUUCAUUCUUUUGGAGAAAACGAUGAAAGAUUUUCCUGGGACACCUGGUACUAUGUUUGGUUUGGCUCUGAGGAUGUCACAGUUCAUUUUUGCUGCUGGGUCUAUUGCUUCCAUGGCUACCACACCAAGUUUCUUUAAUAUUACAGCUUUUUGUUACUUGAUAGCUGCAAUGGGUUUACAAACCAUAUGGAGUUUUGUGCUCGCUUUAUUAGACGCAUACGCCGUGGUGAGAAAGAAAGUCCUCCAUAACCCUGUACUAGUUAGCCUCUAUCUGGUCGGGGAUUGGGUAACAGCCACACUAUCUCUAGCUGCAGCGUGUUCCUCAGCAGGCAUAACAGUUUUGUACUUUAACGAUCUAGGACAUUGCCAUUUCGGAAAGGAAUGCCGAAAAUAUCAGAUUUCAGUUGCAUGUGCCUUCUUAAGCUGGAUACCGAUUUCAAUAUCGUCCUUAAUAAUGCUUUGGCUAUUAGCAGCAGGAUAGCAGAGACAAUAUGUUGACUCCACCAAAAUUUUCUCAUCGAAAACACGUUUAUCUUGUUCAUAAAUUUCUUUGAAAGUGUCAAUAGGAAAGGAAAUAGAUUAGGUUUAUACUCAUUCAAAUUGAUUCCUUCAUUUCAACUUGGAAAUGUUGUGAUAGCAUCAGAUAGUAAAGAGACAACGAAAAAUGUAUUUUGUUUUUCCUUGCCAAAGAAGCUAGUCUACUACCAAAAGUUGUUGCAAUUGGUAAAGAUGUAAUUUCGAAGAGAUUGUUGAUUUGAUAUUGGAAUUGUCUUUUUAAAAGGACUUGUGAUA